GAAACACAAUGGAGCUGAAACCUUUAUUGAAGAAGCUGGGCACAACACUCCGCACCAUCCUCACUUUCCUCUUUGCUCUGUUGGUCCUGGCUGUGAUGGUUUGGGCCUAUGUUGAGGGUUUCCAACUAUUGACCUCCAUGUAUGGAAUCAUCUCUUUUGGCUUUUACGGACUACUCCUCUCUCUCCACGUAUUGGUCCAGAGCUUCUUUGCCUUCAUAGAACACCGGAGAAUGAAAGCCCGCACAGACCCGUGCACCUUUACCAAAACCAUCGGCUUCACUAUAUCAGCUUACCAGGAGGACCCUGCCUAUCUCAGAGAGUGCCUUAACUCCAUCAGAGCUCUCAAGUAUCCUCCUGAGCUGCUGCGCAUCAUCAUGGUGGUAGAUGGGAACUCAGACGAUGACCGAUAUAUGAUGGAGAUGUUCAGAGAGGUGUUUAUAGACCAGGAUCCUGGCUGUUAUGUGUGGAGGAACAACUACCAUACAUGGGACCCCACCCAGGCCCAGCAGGAUGUGGAAAAGGCCACAGCAAUGGGCCCAGGCGGGGAUGCUGAUUAUGUUGUAGGAGAGGAUCCACAGCGAAAAGAGGUAGAGCGCUUGAUCCAGAGCAAGAGGUGUGUGUGUAUCAUGCAGAAAUGGGGCGGCAAGCGGGAGGUGAUGUACACAGCGUUUAAGGCACUUGGAUCAUCAGUUGACUAUAUACAGGUGUGUGACUCGGACACUAAGCUGGACCCUCUGGCCACAGUGGAGCUGUGUAAGGUGCUUGAGAGCAACCCCAAGUAUGGUGCUGUGGGAGGAGAUGUGAUGAUCCUCAACCUGAAAGACUCAUACAUCAGCUUCAUGAGCAGUCUGAGGUACUGGAUGGCUUUCAAUAUCGAAAGGUCCUGCCAGUCCUUCUUCAACUGUGUGUCCUGCAUCAGUGGGCCUCUGGGUCUGUACAGGAACGAUCUCCUCCAGCAGUUUCUGGAGUCUUGGUACAAUCAGAAGUUUCUGGGAACUCACUGCACAUUUGGUGACGACAGACAUCUCACCAACCGAAUGCUGAGCAUGGGCUACGCCACAAAAUACACAGCCCGCUCCAAAUGCUACACAGAGACACCUGCUCAGUUUCUGCGCUGGCUCAGCCAGCAGACUCGCUGGACAAAAUCUUACUUCCGUGAGUGGCUCUACAAUGCAAUGUGGUGGCACAAGCACCACCUCUGGAUGACCUAUGAGUCCAUUGUCUCAGGCGUAUUCCCCUUCUUUGUCACCGCCACCAUCAUCCAGCUGUUUUGGACCGGCACGCUGUGGGACAUCCUCUGGGUCCUGUGCUGCAUCCAGCUGAUUGGGCUAGUGAAAGCGUCUUACGCCUGCAUCCUGCGCAGAGACAUGGUGAUGGUGUUUAUGUCCCUCUACUCAGCUCUGUACAUGACCAGCCUGCUGCCUGCUAAGUAUUUUGCCAUUAUCACCAUGAACAAAAGCAGCUGGGGGACAUCAGGCAGGCGAAAGAUUGUAGGGAACUACAUGCCCCUUCUCCCUCUGUCAGUGUGGGCUGCCAUUUUAUUAAGUGGGCUCGGAUACACGAUCUACAGGGAGAGUCAACUGGACUGGUCAACUCCAGCCAAGAUAAUGGAAACUAAGUUUCUCAUCUUUGGCUGCGUGGCCUACAUAUGCUACUGGCUGCUUAUGAUGUUCCUCUACUGGGUGUGGUUCCGCAAGUUAUGUAGGAAGCGCUCCCAAAAAUACACAGUGACUGCGUAGGUCCGAAGGGGCCAGUGAAGAACUAUGAGAAAGAAGUCGAUUUAUUUGAAUUUUUUUAUUUAAUUUCAUGUAUUUAUUUUGAUAUUUUAGUAACUGAUGGACAAAGACAUUUCAUGCAGCUACUACAUAAAAACCACAAACUGCAAGAAAAAAAGGGGGGAAUAAAUAUCGGUAAUCUUGAUGAAACCGAUAACAUCCAUAUUACCAAAGCAUUUUUAAACAAGUGACAAAACUGUCACUAAUAUAUAGUGUUUAGAUGUCGUUGCACAUUUCAAUGAAACUGUACUGAGGGCUUUUGGGCUCAUGCACUUCUCAGGUUUCUCUCUGUCACAUGAUGAUGGACGAGACGGCCUUCAAUCAGAUAUUUAUUCAUGAUAUCUAGAGAUGGGAAAACUGCUAUUUAGUUAACAUUUUUAUUUUAAAAGGGUGUCGGUAAAGAAUCGGGGUUUGGUGUAUUUUACAAAUAUUAAGACCAUAUGUUCACGUAUGUGUAUCUAGAUUACAUUGAAAACACAAAAGAACUUCACAUACGAAUGUGUCACUGUGCCAGUUUAGUGACCAUUACUUCAGCACUGUUACUGUUAUUGCACUGGAUCCUGGACGGCACUUUCUGCAGUGUUGUAGAUUUACUUGAAAAUAGAGAAAAUUGCAGUUAUAGUAUUGUGCUGUGGGUAACAUGUACAAGCUGGAAAGAAGAUACCGUACCUCUCUGAGAAAAAGGGACAAUGAUAAUGAUACUGUGGCUGAGGACCAAAGAUGGAUUUACUUAUGUAACAGUGGUGACAGAUAUUUCAUUAAAUAUUGUUCUAAGUUACUGUGUACCUACUUGUGAUAUGUGAAGUAUGGGCGUACUUUAUACGAUGCACUUUGUUCAAUUUUGUAUUACAGAGGAAAAUGGACAAAAAUGUUUCAGUUUUAUAUAUAUUUUCUAAAUAAUAUGCAUGUUGAAAUGGCUGGAAAUUGUCUGAAAAUGUGAACAAAUUGAUGG